CAGCCGUGGUCCGCGGCGGGCGGGCAGUGCGGGACAGGCGGGAGCCGGCGAAGAGUGGUGCUUGUACCUGAGAAAUCAUGUUCAACUUCAGAUGCAUCCAGAAGUUACUACAGUACCUGAAAUUUUUCAUUUAUUUAUUUAUUGAGAAUCUCAUCUGUAUAUGUCCUUUACGCAAAAAAUCUUUUGCUGGUGAAAUAGUUCUUAUUACUGGUUCUGCAAAUGGAAUUGGAAGGCAGGUUGCCUUAAAAUUUGCUCCUUUAGGAGUGACUUUGGUUCUUUGGGACAUCGAUGACAAAGGUAACAAAGAAACAUGCAGAUUAGCCCAAGAAAAGGGAGCUAACCGGGUGUUUGUCUAUCAUUGUGACUGCAGCAGUAGAGAGGAUGUCUAUGAAAAGGCAGACAAGGUUAAAAAAGAAGUUGGGGAUGUUACUAUUCUAAUCAAUAAUGCUGGCAUACUGAUUGGGAAGAAGUUCUGUGACCUUUCAGAUGCAGAUUUUGAAAAGACCUUCAAAACCAACUUCUUCUCUCAAGUUUGGACUUGCAAGGCUUUUCUUCCAGCCAUGAUGACCUAUAACCGUGGGCACCUGGUUAGCACGGCCAGUGCAAGUGGAUUACUGGGACUCUACAGACUGACAGAUUAUGCUGCAAGCAAGUAUGCAAUCAUUGGAAUGAUGGAAGGCAUUAAUUCAGAACUAUAUCAUGCAGGAAAACAUGGCAUUAAAACCACAAUCAUUUGCCCUUAUUUUAUUAGCACUAAAUUAAGUAAAGGUUUCCAAAGCGCAAAACCUCUUUUGCUUCCUGUUUACGAUCCAGAGUAUGUAGCCAGCAAGAUCUUGAAUGCAAUUAAAAAGGAAAAGUUUUAUCUAAUCAUGCCUCCAACUUUACGCUUAUUGGGUUUCAAAACUUUCGUUCCUAGAAAAACAAUACUAUGCUUCGAAUCAUGCAUCAAGUUCCCUGAGAGCAUGGAUAAUGCCUUUGGUCAGAAGGAAAAGGAUUGAAACAAAAAUAUUCUGAAGACUGCAAGUACCAUCGAAUUGAAUAUUUUCAGUAAAAAAUAAGUUUAAUUCAUGUUUAUUCUUUGACAGACAAUUUAUUUCUUGUAUGAUAUUUGACAUUGGUCAACAUGCAAUUUAAUUCUUCAUAACUGUCUUUUAUGUCUUUAUGUUUGGUAAUUUUCCGAGUAACCUUUGAAAAAAUCACUGAAAUUUAAAAUUACAUAGGUAUUAUGUUAAGUGACUAAGCAACAACUUGGCAUGGACUGUAUUGCUUUCAGACUGAAACUUUAAUGAGGUAACCUGUUUGUCAGUGUGGAACAUAAUUCUGGUAUAAAUCAUGGGAAAAGGAAUACAGACAAGAGGAAUACCUCAUGUAUUCUUGUAUAAUUAUGGGCUGACUCUUGAGCAAAAUCUCUUCUUAUGUUUGGGGAGAAGUCCUUCAACUGUCUUCAAAUGAAACUACAACCUAGAGAUAAAAAAGAACACAAAACCUCCUCAAGAGCAGAAAUUCAGGGAUUAGUUGCACAAAAGUACAUGCUGGUACUUAAUUGAUAAAAAUCAAUCCUCAUGUAAAUUUUCAGGAAAUGCUAGCAUAAAAUGUUCCUAAUUUGCUUAACUUAAAAAAUAAACAAAUAAAAUGCGGUAGUAGUGAAUCUACAAAGCCUAGUUUCUAAAAAUCCACUGUAAGAAAUUAGAGUGGAUUUUUAGAAACUAGGCUUUGUAGUCAUCUAUUGUCCAUAUUUACCCCAAUAUUUCAAUUGUACUUAAGUAAACCCAUACUUACAAGCUCCCUUCCAGCUAUAAAUGCUUAUAAGAAUGCACACUCCAAUGAAAAAACUAUUUUUUUAACACCAGUGUUUCCAAAGUAUGCAUGCAUUCAGUAAAUUCUUUCAUGUACCUGUAGAUAUUACAGGGAAAAUUUUAGCUGAGAGAAUGAGAAAGCUAUCUUGAGUUUGCCUCUUUGAAAAGCAAGGUUUAUUGAUUUAUAUUUUUAAAAACUCUCUAGGUGAUGAGUAAUUGAAAAAUUAUUUUCUUCCUACUAAUGAGACAGGAACAAAGUCUAAAUUGCUCUAAAUUGUGAAAAAUGGUUUUUUUCUCAAUUGCAAGCAAAUAUGUUGGGUAUUGGGAUUCCCUUAUUCCACAUGAAUGUUGCAAUUUGGCUCUAGAUCUAUGAUCAUUUUUAAGUAUGAUUACAGGAGACAAUGCAAACUGGCAUGACAUUAUAUUUGUGAAUGUAUUGUGGGCCUGAAUAUCUUCAUACGUAAUGUCAUUACUGGUGUUGCAGAGCUUAAGAGCAGGGCUCAUGAGUUGAAAAAUAUAUAUUUUUAAAUUAUUUCUAAAAUGAAACUCACACCUGUUAGUGACAUUAA